AUGGGUAAUAGUUAUCGGUUUAGGCUAUCGGAGUUGAUCCCUAACGCAUGGUUCUACAAACUGAGAGACAUAGGGAGGUCACGGAAACAACAAAACAGCACGCUUUCUCAUGCUUCCCUCAACAAACACCACGCACUUCCUACUCCCAGUCUUAGGCCUCCUCCUCCUCGACGCUCUUCUCACUAUUCAACACCUCCCAAAACGUCGCCUUCCGAUACGCCCAGAAAGUCCGCCGGGAACCGGUUUCGUCACCGAGCCACCGUGUCCUCUGCCCAAUGCUGCCGUUCUAACCCACGGUUUGAUUUCUCGACGACUUCAGGUGAAAGCACUGCCACCGGUACGGGAUCAUUCUCGCCGGACCUUCGUUCCGACCAAGUGCUCAUCCCUGACGAGUCAUUAGAGAGCUCCUCGCGCAGCCCUUUCAGCUCCAAAUUGCCCAAAGCCCCAACCUUUACGCCGCCGCCGGAACUUGAUCUCCGGCCGAUCAUCACCAAACCAAGGAGUAAGCAAACCACCGUGCGGAAAACGGCGGGGCUGAGACUUAGACUGCGCUCGCCGCGGAUUUCGACGAGGAAAUCGGUGAGAAGCAGGGCGGUGGUGAAGGCGUCGGUGGACCCGAGGAGAGAUUUCAAGGAAUCGAUGGAGGAGAUGAUCGCGGAGAACAACAUCAGAGCGUCCAAGGAUCUCGAGGAGCUUCUAGCUUGCUAUCUCUGUCUCAAUUCUGACGAGUAUCACCACAUUAUCAUCACUGUCUUCAAGCAAAUCUGGCUUGACCUUAAGCUCCCACCAGAUUACCAUCGUUCCAAUUCCAAAUCAUAA